CUGCGAAUCAUCAAGCUUCUGAUUGGUGCCUGAGGCCGCAAAGUGAUCCCGGCUUCGUCCGGCAAAAGAAUCUCGCGCAUCGCGACCCAUCCAAAACCAGCUCCUAGUUCGAGAUCUUGUUGCAGCCAUUGAAGCAUCAGCUCGCUCGUUCUCGACGCCACAGCCAAGAUGUUCGCCACUCGCGCUCUCCGUUCUUCGUACCCUGCGUACAAGAGCCCCUACGGCCCUAAGUACCAGUACCAGCCUCACAUUGAUGGCAUCACUCCCAAGCAGCUCUACAGACUCCUCCCCCAAACCGCUGCUUGGGGUGGUGUCGCCCUCUUCGCCGUCAUCUUCUACGCUUCCGGCAUUCCCCGUGUCCAGAGGGACCUCCUCCAGCACAUCCCCUACUUCGGCAAGAAGUACUUCGUCAAGGAGAUCCCUGCCUCUGACAACCCGUUCUAAAUUAUCUCUUUGAUACCACGGAGGGCAUGGUGGGAUUGUUUGGUGGACAGGCACCUGCCGUAUGACACGGCUUGUAUAAAGUACAGCAUUUUAUAGACAACUACUCCUCCUAGUCGAAAGUAUGUGGGUGCCCAUAGAUCUGAAGGACGAGUUUUCAGCUUGACCAGACAUCAGACGUCCCGUAGCUCAUGAUGGGAUGGUGCGCACAGACCCUCUAAGCUCCUAGGGGUGGGGCCGUCAUUAACAGCUCCUUG